UAUUCAAUGAGAUCAACAGGUAUCCGUGUCCGUACUGUUCGUGUAAUGUAAUAGUGUUUCACUGUUGCGAUGAUAACACAAACGCGCAUUUCACAAUAUUCACUAUUUAGUAUUCAGAAAUAUUUUUUUUUCUAGUAUAGCUAUAAUAGACUACAGUGUUCACUAUACAUUAUAAUUUUCACUCUUCAGUCUUUCUGUCAUUUUGCAUUAACUCGUCAAUCAUUGUUAUCGGCAAACUAAAUACAAAGGAUAAUCGAGAUGAGUAAUGGAGAAUUCUAACUACCGUCCAUUGCCACCUCCUAGGAAUAAAGUCACUAGUAAAUGCACAAAAAAAAAGCCACCAGUACCAUUACCACGCAAGAAUGUAAACGUUUAUGAUAGUGAUUUGAAAGAUGGCUCAAGUUCAGUUUCUUCAAACUUUAAAGAUAUAAAUGUUUUGUUGAAAAAAAAUUUUAAACCAGAAAUGAAAAUGGCUUCUGAAAAUGUCCUAGAAAGAAAAAAAUCUGUCAUCGAAAAUACUAGAAGUAUGAGUAUUUGCAUUGAAAAAUCUUUUCGCAACCUCUUACCUAGACCUACACGGCGACAUACAAUUAGUCAAACAUCUGAAGAUUUUAAACCAGACAUCAGUGAAUCUCCAAUCGAUAAUGAUAUUUUUUCCACCUUGAGUUUUGACUCUCCAAUUCCAUCAGACAGUAACUCUGACCGAUCAUUCAGUAAUUAUUAUACAGAAUCAGACUUUUGUAGCUCACAGCCUCCAAAUUUUCCUCCACCUCCUUUACCACAAGAUGCGUUAUAUGAUAAGGUACCAAGAUCAAGCAAUUCUAGUAGCCAAUGUGGAUCAUAUUCAACAGAAAACAUAUAUGAACUUAUCUUAAUUGGGCAGACAAAAUCACAAGCUUAUGAAAACUGGAAUCCAACAAGUGAGAAAAGUUUUAGCUCAAGUGAUACAAGUAAUAUUAAUAAUGAAACUAAACAUAGUAAAUCAGAUAAUGAUGAAAAUUUGCAUCAAACUCAUUUAUUCACCAAUGAAGAAAUGACUAAUGACCCAAAAUCUGUUAUAUUACAAUUUGACCCUUUACAUAAUUCAUUUGGUAAUUUAUUGGAUAAACAAAAAGAAGAAGAAGAUUGCUCACUACUACAAGAAAUCGAUGAAAUAUUAUAUUCAUCGCAUUAUAGUACUGUUGAAUCUAGAAGUAUUGUAAACUUAAAUCUUGAAAAUUUAGAUGAAGAUUUGUAUACUAUUCCUGAACCUCCAGAUCGCCUGGAUUCCAUCAAAGAAUCUCAUAAUUCAAUAGUGUUACAAACCGAUGGUGCAAAUAAUGUAGAUUAUAAAGAAGAAAUUCAAGUUGAUCCUGUUUAUGAAGAAAAACCAAGAAAAAAUUCUUUAACAAGUUGGCUAAGUAUGAAACGCACUUUGAAAAAAGUAGCUGAUGGAUCAACAGGUUCAGUUAGAAAAAUGAAAUCAAUACUAAAACCAGAAGAAAAAAUUGAAAAAGAAGAUAUCGUAGAAGUAGAAAAUUCCAAUAUCUUUCACAAUGGUAUUUUAUUUGUUAGUAUUGAUGAAAAAAAUAAAGACUUUGAAAAAAAAUGGUGUCAAAUCGUGGGUGGCCAACUUAAGUUCUCAACUAAUAAAAACCAAACAGGAACAUCAAUCUCAUUAGCAUCAUUAUUGAGUAUUCAAACUAUCAGUGAACCUAAACAAAGUGAAGGAGAGGAUAUAUUUUGUUUUAAAGUAAAAUUCAUGGCACGUCCUCAAUCAAUUUUGUUUGGAGCUUUAUGUACUACGGAACGUCUUGUAUGGAUGCAAAAAUUCUUAGGAUCAGUGACUUGUUUAUUUCCACUCAAAACAUCUUCCGAAUUUAGUAGGGCCGGUUAUGCUACGUUAAAGGAAGGCAUAAAUGGAGAGUGGAAGCAAGCCUGGUUAUUGUUACAUAAUAGGGUAUUAACAUAUGCUAAGCAGACUUGUGGACCAGAAUUGGUUGAUUUAAGAAAAGUCAGAAACGUAGUGACUCAAGAAGAUGAAGAGUUAGGAAUAAGUAUACUAGUUAUAGAUUAUAUUUCAAAAUCAAUUUAUUUGAAAUUUGAUGAAGAUUCAGAGGUUUUGAAUUGGCAACAUAUAAUAAAAGCUGAAACUGUGAACACUAGUCCACAUUUAAAAGAUCAGCAACUGAGUAAGGAUCAAGUUCCAGUUAUUGUUGAAAAAUGUUUAAAAUUCAUUUACGCCCAUGGGUGCUUGACAGAAGGUGUCUAUAGGCGUAGUGGCUCUUGUUCUAAUACUACAAAACUUUUAUCUGCGUUCAGAAAAGAUGCUUGGGCUGUACAAUUCAGCCAACAGGAUUAUUCAGUAUACGAUGUGGCGAGUGUUUUAAAACGAUUUUUUAGAGAUUUGCCAGAACCUUUGCUUACUACUGAACUCCAUACUCAUCUUUGUAAUGCUGUAAAAUGUAAUUGUUCCGAAGAUGAAAAAAUAAUACUUUACAGAAGUUUAUUAGAGCGACUUCCAGCUAUUAAUUAUGUGACUGUGCGUAAACUCUUAAGUCACUUGUAUUACAUCCAACUUCAAAAUGAAAAAAACUUAAUGACCGUACAAAAUUUAGCAUCAAUUUGGGGUCCAACCUUAAUGCAUAUAGAAGAUAGUGAUUCACUAAACUGGUCAAAAAUAGAGGCUGAAGCUGUAAAUGAUCUUAUACUCUUAUAUCCUAAGCUGUUUUAUGUAGAAGAAGAUGAAAUAAAGCGAGAAGAUCGAAUUUUGGAAGCAUUAAUACAUUAUAAUUUAUCAAAUGGUAAUGCUCCUCAGCCAUCAAAGCCUUCUGGAGAUUUAAAAAUUUGGAUAUAUCUUGGUUCAAAAGAUAGUGAAAAUUGUGUCAAUGUCACUUUGAGUCCAAGUAAAACCGCAUUAAUGAUUUGUGACGAACUUGCAAAUAAAAUGGGAGCACGUGGUGGAUAUUUACUUGGUUUACAGGAAGUUGUUUGCAACGGAACAAUGAUUCGUCCAAUUCAUCAUUCAGAGUUGUUAUUAGACAUAGUACUAUUAUGGGCUUAUUGGGAUGUAAAGUAUAGAAAGGACAAUUAUAUUGUUUGUCUCCAACCAAAUUCUUUACUUAUUGAAAUUAUGCCAUUUGCUAAAGAACAUUUAACAUUAUGUGCAGAAUUGAAAUUUGCUGAACAAAAGAGUAAAUCGUUUAAGUCUUAUUUAUUUGAAAUAAGUGACGGAAAAUUGAUAUGUUAUAAAGAUAAAUCUGGAUCAACAUCAUUAUAUGAAUGGUUUGUUAAGGAUUUAAUUUGGUAUAUUGGAUUUGAACCUAAAAGAAACCCACAUGCUAGAUGGUGUAUAACAUUUAUUUUAAAGAAUGACCUACCUAAAGAAUUAAAAGAUAAUUUUGGUUGGUCAAUUGCUGGUACUACCAAAGAAGAUCAUUUACGAUGGAUGGCUGCAUUGUUGUUAUCUGAAUACGGAGUUGAUCACAUUGCACCUCCAGUGACCAUUAAUUUAUUAGAUUAUUAAAAUAUUUUUAUCGAGGUAUUUUAUAAGUUGAACAUAAUAUUAUACUUAAUCAGUAAUGUUGUACUUACACUUUAAUGUUGAUGUAACAUUACAUCAUGUUGUAUUACCAAUUUUAAACAAUUUUAUAUCAAUGUUUACAAACAUUUUUCAAUAGCAUAUAAUUUCUCAUUAAUGUAAACAAGUUAUUAAGUUGAAUUGUGUGUACUGUGUACUAUUAUUUCAAAUAUUAUUUUUAUAUAAUAUAUAUAAUAUUUGCUAUAAAUCAUGAUACAAAUCAAUCACAAUAUUUAAAUAGUGGUUAAUAAAUCAAUUAUUCACAA